AUGCAGCACCUGGCUGCCAUCAAACAGCUUAUAGAACGCUAUCAGCCCGAGAGUUUUUCCGAACACCUGGCUUGGAGCAGUCAUGGUUUAAAUUAUUACAACGACUUAUUGCCCAUAGCCUAUACCGAGGCUGCCCUUGAACGGGUAGUCAGCCAUAUUGAACAGGUGCAAGACUACUUGGGCAGACGCAUAUUGAUAGAAAAUCCAAGCACUUACGUGCAAUUUUCCCACAGCAGCAUGUCUGAGCCUGAAUUUAUUGGCCAAGUGCUGCAACGCAGUGGCUGCGGAUUAUUAUUAGAUAUCAACAAUAUUUACGUCAGCAGCCGCAACCACGGCUGGGACGCAAACCACUAUUUGAACGCAUUGGGCAGCCAGGCGCUGGCCAGCGUGGGCGAAUUGCACCUCGCAGGCUUUGCACAGGACCUAGACGCCAACCAAGAGCCUUUGCUUAUAGAUAACCACGGCGCCCCUGUAGACCCAGCCGUCUGGGCACUUUACCGCCAAGCCUUGCCCCAGGUGCUCAGACACGGUGGCAAUAUCGCCACCUUGUUAGAGCGCGAUAAUCACAUACCGCCAUUACCCGUGCUCCUGCAAGAAUGCCAAAAGGCGCAAGACAUCAUUAAUGAGAGCCUGGCUACUAGCACUAGCAGCACCGCAUGA